UGGGUUCUUUAUGGGUUCUGCUCAUCGUGGAUCGCGUUUCAGUUUUGCUUACGGUUUUCGGUCCUGUUUGUCCACAGUCGUGUACCGUCCUCCGUCUGGCGAAACGCAGGCGGGAUUUGCUUCCUACGAAGUCAACACUACAAAGUAAAAGCGUGUCACAGGUCCAAUGUGUGUGUGAAGUCUCCGAUCAUGUGUUCGUUGGCUCUUUUCCCUUCCCCGCUGCCCGACGGCCAGGUGACGUUGUAUGAGUCCAAUAACGAGCUGGUGGCCGGCACCUCCGUGGACAGCUACCCGAAGCAGGAAUGGGACAACCUUCACUUUCGGCGCGAUGCUCUGAAGUCACACAGUCACCUGGAGAGCAGCAGCAAGGCCGCCUUCCUGGAUCAUAAAGACACACUGUGGAUGAGGAGUGCUGCAGCGUGGCGAGACGCUGGCCUCUCUGGGCUGUUUGAGGAAAUUGCCAACUCCAGCGAGGUUCCUAGGUGGCUGACAGUAGGAUCUGGCUUCGCUCUGGCUUUACUGCGCUGGGUCUCCUCUUUCCAUGGUUCUCUGUUCCCCCAUCUUACACUGAGCACUGAGGACAUGGUUGCUGAGUUCUCCCAGGUGCUGGACUGGUCAGACUGCGCGGUUCGGGGGUUCGCCUGGCACCCCCACACUGACAAGUUUGCAGUGGCUCUCCUGGACGACUCCAUACGGAUCUACAAUUCUAAGAGCGCUACCUACCCCACUCUGAAGCACAGGCUACAGCGCAGUGUAGCUGCCCUGCAGUGGAAGCCUCUCUGUGCCACAGCUCUGGCUGUCGCCUGUCACAACUGCCUGCUGGUCUGGCAUGUGGACCCCACGUCUCUGUCAACCAGGCCCUCCGCUGGCUGUGCGCAGGUGCUCUCCCAUCCUGGCCACUCCCCCGUCACCUCCAUUGCCUGGGCCCCCAGCGGCUCCGUACUCAUCUCUGCCUCCCCCGUCGAUACGUCCAUGAUGGUGUGGGACGUUGCCGCGGAGACCUGCGUACCCCUGCAGCGUGUCGGGGGGGGCGGGGUCACCUUCCUGUCCUGGUCGCCGGACGGCAGCCGCGUGCUGGCCGCCACCCCCUCCUCCCUCUUCAGGGUCUGGGAGACGAGGAUGUGGACCUGUGAGAGAUGGCCGUGUUUGAAAGGUCGCUGUCAGACUGGCUGCUGGAGUCCAGAUGGGAAGCACCUGCUCUUCUCCGUCAAGGGAGAGAUGGUCAUUUACGCCCUGACCUUCACAGAGGCCCCAGGGGAGCCCCUGGGCUGCUCUGGGGGGGCCAAGGCUGCCGCCAUCGUGGCCGACCUGUCAGUGACCAGCUUCCAGACCCCAGAGGGAGAGGUCAGGAUUGGGGGAGAGGUACAGUCACUCACGUGGGAUCCUCGAGGAGAGAGGCUGGCAGUGCUUCUGAAAGGUGACCCAGAGGCGCCUGCAUGCCCAGCUUUGAUAGCUGUGUUCAAGACUCGCUCCAGCCCAGUCUUUGAGCUCCUGCCGUGUGGUUUUGUUCAAGGUGAGGCGGGGGCGGAGCCCAGACUGAUUCAGUUCCACCCCAGCUUCUCGAAUGGAGCCCUGCUCACAGUGUGCUGGUCGAACGGCCGCAUCACCCACACGCCCUUCUACUUUGUGAGUGCGGGGGGGCCUCGCAUUGGGGUGGGGGGCAGCCCCCCCCUCCCUGUCCCUCUGUGCAGGACCAUGGAGAAUGGGGACAGGCCACUCUUCUCUGACCUCUGCUCCUGACCACUGGGGACUCACUGAGCGCUCUGACAGACUGACAGACAGACUGACAGACAGACCAGACUGACGGACUGCAGUGAAAGACUGACGGACAGACUGGACUUAUGGACAGACUGACAGACAGACCGCACUGACGGACAGGCUGAUUCACAGACCAGCCGAGCUGCAGACUCUUCUUUGAAAUAAAGUCUCCUUUUGUGUAAAAUUCUGUAAUGAAGUGGCUCUCUUCA